AUGAUAAGGAUAAAGAAUCAGUUUAAUAGAAUUGUAGCAACCACCAGUCAUGCGGGCACCGGCAGCUUCAAAAAAAUUGGCAAACUUGGAUUGAUUUUGUUUGCAUUUUUCAAUGUGGUGUUCAUAACUGGGUUGUUGUUAAGGUACUCCGAUAUUCCACUGACGGAGUGGUCCAAACUGCUCUUCGAGUCUUAUUUACCGCUGGGUUCAGACCUGGGUAACUCAGGCGUCAAGCCAGACACUCAAAAACCGUCUUCGAACGACAAUGUCGAGGCGGAAAGUAACUUGCUCUACAACCACAAGACUGGGGGAUUCGAUUUCGACCCCAGCGUACCAUACGACAAGCUAACCACACAGCAGAAGAUCCAGCACAAGUUGAAUGAGGUUGCAAAUGACAAGGACCAGUACUGGUUGGCCCAUACGGAGUUGACCGACUACGAGAUCCAAAUUGAUCCCAAGGAAUUCACCAAGGAAGCGUGCAAGGAGAAGGCUAAGCUUUUCUUCGACCCUAGAUUCACCUACACGGUGGUGUUGAACGAAAUUCAAAGACAAUUUGCUGAAAAGAACAAGAACAACGCCAGAUCCAAGGUCCAGGCCGUAGAAAUCCCGUUUGCCUGGUCCGAUUGGGCUGAUUUGACGGUGUUGAACCCAUACAUUGAGAACCAGGACGAUGAAGGGUGCGAGAUGUUGGCCAAAUCGUUCAACGAACCUACCAAGGACCCGGAGUACUGUGUUAAUGCUAACCAGGUGAGUGACAAAGAGUUGAAGGAAAAGAUUGGUUUACCAUCCAAGAAGUUUUUACCAGCGUUUUCCAUCAGAAGACCACCAAUGACUGUAGCCACCAACGAGAUCAGAAUUUUAGAAGGGAAGUCACACUUGUUGACCUAUGCCGCUAACCCUAUCAACGUCAUCUUCUUGACGAAGAACGGGGUCUACGAAGCAUACGUGAAAACCGACAAGAUUAAGGAAAGAAUCGUUGACUCAGACUUGUUUGAAAACUACAUGGCCCUGAGACAUCCCAACUACAAGGGAGAAGACAGGGAGUUGGUUACCUUGAAUCCAGUGGAAGAACUUGCUAACUUGGUUGAGACAAUCCCCUCUGAUACCAGUUCUGGCGAGGAUGUCUUUGGAAUGACCCAGUUGAUGCGUAGCAAGGAUGUUAACGCUUCCAGAGAGAUCAACAUCCCGCCAUCCGCUUUCAACUACCAGCAAGAUGCCAUCGAGAGACAAUUGAAGGAGUUCAAGCACCGUCUUGAUACGUUUGAAGCUACUCUUGAAACAGAUUUAGAGCUCGAUGAAACAGCUGAAGCGUUGACGCCUCACGAGAAGUUGUUCUACAAGUCCCUUCAAACAGUCAACCUGUAUGAUGCCAGAAACGAAUACACAUACUUCAAGAUGGCUAGAUUGAAGAGAGAUUCAACUAACCAGGAUGACGGAUACCAUUACGAGUGGAGAUUCUUCAACGGUGCGUUGAGAUAUGUUAAGCCAGGUUGGAAUGCCGACGAAAUGUUGAUCCGUGAGAAGAUUGUUUUGGACAGAAUCUUAAGAAACUGGUUCAGAUUUGCCAGUGAACGUGGAAUCUUAUCCUGGAUCGCUCAUGGUCCACUUCUUGCAUGGUACUGGGAUGGUGUUCUUUUCCCCUUUGAUGAAGACAUUGAUAUCCAACUCCCUGCAGUAGAGUUGGUGAGAUUCGCUAAGAACUACAACCAAACUCUUGUUGUGGAAGACGUUGCAGAAGGGUUCGGAAAGUUCUUUAUCGAUUGUAACACAUUCUUGCAUCACAGAGACAGAACAUACAGAGAAAACCAUAUUGAUGCAAGAUUCAUCGACGUUGAUACCGGAUCCUACAUUGAUAUUACUGGACUUGGUAUUAGUGAAGAAAAGGUUCCAGAGAGAUUCAAGGAAACCACACAAACUGCACAGGAAUUGGGAGAACCAAGACCUGUCUACAAUUGUAGAAACGCACAUUUCUAUUCCCAACAUCAAAUCAGUCCGUUACGCUUAAGUAGUGUUGCAGGAACACCAUUGUAUAUACCAAAUCGUCUUGAUGUAAUCUUAAAGGAUGAAUACCCCAGAGGGAUGACAUGGUACGAGUAUUACAACUUUUACUUUGUUGACAAAUUCAACUUGUGGUUACAUGUGGAUAAGAUGAAGAACAUUUUGCCAAAGGAUUUGAAUUUAAGAAACAAUAACGAUUGUAUUCGUGAGUUACAAGCACUCACUGACGAACAAGUUUUGAAGUUGAUUAAAGAGGACAAAAAUAUCUUGUUGGAAUACUACUUGACUAGAGAACAUACUACUAGACAUAGAGAGGAAAUGUCGUACCUCUUUGAGAACAAAAACGGUAAGGAAUCUACCAUUUCUCAAUUGGGUAAACAAAAACCAAGUAAAGAGAUUUCAGAGAAUCUAGACUAUAAUCGCCUCACAUCUACUUUCCAGUUUGGAAAUCCAAUGACACGUCCAUUGUACAACUUUGAAUACAUUGAUAGACAUAAGAAGAGUCAAAAAUCUUCCUAUAGCAAAUAA